AUGUUAGGCUGGUCGUUUACUGGACUGACUGCGCCUGUAUUGGUCACUGCACUGGUGUCUUGUACAAUUUUAUGGAAUUGUGCUUCUCGCGACAGAGGUAAGUUGAGGUGAUUUUUUUCUGUAAAGAAAGUUUUUACUUGUUUUUUGUUUUUUAAUUUUCACAGAAUUUCUCGCCUUGAUAAUGUAAUUUUUAUCAUUUUUCUUAUUGUAUGUUGAUUUUAUAGUCCUGGAGUCACAUGUAAAGGCCAGAAGAAGGAAGAGAAAGUUGAGUAAGGAGAGGAAACACUCCAAAGAAGCCAGAAUGUCCAAAGAAGAGGUGAAGACAGCUGAAGGAGAAGAAUCACUUGUUGGGCGAAAGUUCAAGGCCAAUGAAAGUAAGUUUUAUUUUUUGCAAAGAGUUGUCAUUAUUAAUGAUUUUCGACGUCUUUGGCUUUAUUUUUUGGGUAUUUUUUGAAAAUGUGAUUCCAGAGCCUCACCAAGUACCGCCAGCCUACAGCAAGUCUGAAGAGACUCAGAACGGAGAUCCUCGAACUGCCAAGCCAAUCGACUUUCUGUACCCAACAGACAGUAAUGAGAAUGUAAGAAACUUUGUUUCCGUUUCACUUUUUUUUUAUUUUCGGUCACAAAGAUUUUAGCAAAAUACAAAAAAUAUGUUUAUCCAUGUACUAGAUGCCACCUUAUAUUAUUGUUCAGAUGUGGCAAGACGAAAGCACCCUCCGGCACGUCUCUUCAAUCGAACCGGAUAAUGAGACUUCAAUGAUGAUCCGCUCACACAUCCACCGACAUCGCGACACUGAACUGACAAUGACUUGA